UUGAUUUAUUUUUGUCAACUUUUCUCCAGCCUCUGCAACUUCCCUCUCGCAACUUUUGGAAGGGAUACUAUCUUCGAUGGGAUAGCCGGCUUCCUCCGUGAUGCAGCCGAGAUACACAACGGCGAGCCAGCCGAAACUAGCUCCAUCUUACCCAAGUACGACUUCAUCAUCGUCGGUGCUGGCACAGCCGGUUGUAUACUUAGCAACAGAUUGACCGAAGUCGACAAGUUUAAGGUCCUUUUAAUAGAGGCAGGUGGAGCAGAGCAAGUAUUUAUGGAUAUCCCCGUUUUGGCUACAAUGCUGCAAUUCACUGACGCAAAUUGGAAGUAUCGCACAGAACCUCAAAAGGCCGGAUGUAUGGGUAUGCGUGAUAAACGGUGUGCAUGGCCAAGAGGAAAAGUUGUAGGAGGGUCUUCCGUGCUCCAUUCAAUGAUGCACACGAGGGGAAAUAAACGAGAUUAUGAUACGUGGGCAGCUAGUGGAAAUCCAGGUUGGGAUUACGAAAGCGUAUUGAAAUAUUUUAAAAAAUCAGAAAAUAUUGAAAUUCCACGUUUGGUAAAUGACAAAAAAUAUCAUUCAACUGAGGGGCCGAUGACAAUACAAGAGCCAAGAUGGCGAACCCCACUAUCAGACGCCUUCCUUGAUGCCGGAGUCGAAAUCGGUGGAAAUGUCAAUGAUUAUAAUGGUGAAACACAGAUUGGGUAUUCCAUUAUUCAAUUUACUAUGAAGAAUGGAACUAGAAUGAGUGUCAGUCGAGCUUUCUUACAUCCUAUAAAAAAACGACCUAAUUUUCAUAUAAUUAAGAAUGCUUUAGUGACCAAAGUUCUCAUAAAUCCAAAAAAAAGACGCGCUUAUGGCGUAAAAUUUGAAAAGGAUGGUAAGCAAGUUGUAGUAAGAGCAAAACGAGAAGUGAUUUUAUCCGCCGGAUCUGUGAACUCUCCACAAUUAUUGAUGCUGAGCGGAAUAGGACCAAGGGACGAUCUCACGAAAAUAAAUAUUACAACAGUCUCAGAUUUGCCGGUAGGAUAUAACUUGCAAGAUCACUAUGCUUUAGGUGGUCUAACUUUCAUAAUCAAUACAACAGACUCUCUUAGAUUUGAAAGAAUUGCAACUUUGAAUAAUAUCAUUGAAUAUUUCUGUCAUCACACCGGCCCUCUAACAGUUCCAACCGGUGCGGAAGCACUUGCUUUCAUUGAUACAAAAAAUCCAAAUAAUAAAAAUAGCUAUCCUGAUUUAGAACUAUUAUUCGUGGGCGGUUCAAUUGUUUCUCAAAAUGCUUACAGGUAUGCAUUUGACAUCGAUGAUAUUUUGUAUGACACAGUUUAUAAACCAAUUGCCAAUAGUGAUACCUGGAUGGUAUUUCCGAUGCUGUUACUCCCUAAAUCAAGAGGCUACAUAAAACUAAGAAGUAAUAAACCGCACGAUAAACCAAUUAUCAAUCCAAAUUAUUUUACUGACGGCGGUCACGACGAGCAUGUUAUAUUAUAUGGUAUUAGGAAAGUGUUGCAGUUAUCACAGACAAAAGCUUUUCAAAAAUAUGGGAGUAAACUUCACGAUAUUCCUAUUCCUCACUGCGCACAACACAAAUUCGAUUCAGAUAGUUAUUGGUUAUGUGCUAUGAGGGCACUAACGAAUACUAUAUACCAUCCCUGCUGCACAGCAAAAAUGGGACCAAGUAGUGACCCUGAGGCAGUUGUCGAUUCACGUUUGAAAGUCCACGGUAUAAAAGGUCUAAGGGUUGUGGAUGCUAGUAUAAUGCCAAAUAUUCCUGCGGCACAUACAAAUGCACCCACAAUGAUGAUCGCUGAAAAAGCCGCCGACAUGAUAAAAGAAGACUGGGGUAUACCCAUACUAAUAUCAAACUGA